AUGCCGAAGGACGGCGGGCAUCAGCAACAGCAACAGCCCGGGAAUACCCAGCGUCCACGGAGUCCCCGUAAACAUACUCGGUCCGCUACUAAAACACGAGUCGCGCCCCAAGCUGCUAGUGUUGCGACUGAGGCUGAGGAAGCAAAGGCAACAGUCGGUGGUGACCAUGACAAGCAAGACUCGGCUGGAACAGGAGAGGAAGAUGGAGAAGCUAUGGAUCUAGACGACGACUCCCCUGCAAAGAAUACGACGGUGGAGUCAGAUAAAGCAGCCAAAAGCAAAGAGGUGCCUCCGUCAAAACCCACUCCGCCUUCAAGUGGUAACGGAGGAAAGGGAGAGGAUACGAAGCCCACAAGUCCCCACUUUGACCUCAAGAAUCUGGGUAAGACAGCACCAUUCACAAGCACUACGGAUGGUGGCAUCGAAGAUCUACAAGACAUCCAUUCGAGCUUGCCAUUUGAAUCCCGCGCCAAAUCCCAAAGGACAUCGGUGCGCGAUAUACGCCCCCGAGAGCUUAUUUGCCCAAACCCACCGAAACGACCGCGACCACCACAAGCGGUGCCAAUCAGCGCUGGCUCCCAACAGCUGGGGCUGCCUCGGAUAGCAUGGGACAGGUAUGUGGCAGAGAUGAAUACUUACAUGCGCGAAUGGAAUAACUUUAAUCGACGCAUGCUCCAUCAUUUCAAUGCACGUCAGGAGGCCAUCGAGACUGGAAUGGCAGCAAACUGGAUAAGUGCCGUUGGUGAUUCGACGCGCUUAAAGAUCAACGGCCAGGAUGAGGACACCGAUGACAAAGGGGGCGAUGGUAAUGAUAGUGACGAGGAGAUGGUGCCGGGUGGCAAGGGCGGCUACAGCGCAUAUCUACGCGGAUUAGAUGAAGACGCCAAAGUACUGAAGCAUUGGGAAGUAGCACGGGAGUUGCAUCGGGAGUGUAUACUGAAACUGGGGCAGACGCGGGAGUGGAUUCUGAAUGGAGGGAAAGUCAUCUGA